UCUGUCAACGUGUCUGCGCCGGUGGCAGCAGUGGCUAGGAAGUCGCAGAUUCCCGAGGAGUCUUGCACCAGCCUCGACUCAGCUGUCAUAGGAAGUACUGCCUAGCUCUGCGUGCCUGUUCCAGCAAUCACCAUUUCAGCCACGUUCUCCCAGUCCUAGUACUGUCUUCUGUUGUGCUACCUUGCCAGCAAAGCUCCAACGGCCCGGUGAAGAAGUCCAUGCGAGAGAAGGCCAUGGAACGCAGGAAUGUGAACAAGGAGCACAACAGUAACUUCAAAGCAGGAUACAUCCCCAUUGAUGAAGACCGUCUCCAUAAGACAGGCCUACGAGGCAGGAAAGGCAACUUGGCCAUUUGUGUGAUUGUUCUCCUCUUUAUUCUGGCUGUCAUCAAUCUGGUUAUCACACUGGUGAUCUGGGCAGUGAUCCGGAUCGGCCCCAAUGGCUGUGACAGUAUGGAGUUCCACGAGAGCGGCUUGUUGCGGUUUAAGCAAGUCUCUGACAUGGGUGUUAUACACCCACUGUAUAAAAGCACCGUAGGAGGCAGGCGGAACGAAGAUCUGGUGAUCACUGGCAAUAACCAGCCUAUUGUAUUUCAGCAAGGAACGACCAAGCUCAGUGUGGAAAAAGACAAAACUUCCAUUACCAGUGAUAUUGGAAUGGAAUUUGUUGACCCACGGACACAAAAUACCUUGUUCAGCACAGACUAUGAAACCCAUGAGUUUCAUCUGCCAAAUGGAGUGAAAAUCUUGAAUGUCCAAAAGGCCUCUACAGAGAGGAUUACCAGCAAUGCGACCAGUGAUCUAAACAUAAAGGUCGAUGGCCGUGCCAUUGUCCGUGGGAAUGAAGGUGUGUUCAUCACAGGCAAGACCAUCGAGUUUCGAAUGGGAGGCAACAUGGAGCUGAAAGCAGAGAACAGCAUCAUCCUGAACGGAACGGUGAUGGUCAGCCCCUCGCGCCUGCCCAGUUCUGCCUACGGGGAGCAGUUCAGCAACAGCAACUGGCUGCGCUUCAAGCUCUGCAUGUGUGCGGAUGGGACGCUGUUCAAAGUCCAGGUGACAGGUCACAACAUGGGCUGCCAGACGUCUGUCAACCCCUGCGGAGCCACACACUGAAACACAAACCACCACCGGGAGAGUUCUGUAGUGUGUUUACAUAUAUUUGUAUGAAGCAAUUGCAUGCCUUCAAGGAUUUCAGGGUUUACAGGAGUUUAUACUAACAUUUAUUACAUAACAUUUUUAAGCAAAGGCCGUUAUGUUCAGCAGUAUUAUGCCACCAUUCUGUUAGCCAGAAUAGUGGCACUGAUUUAGUAAGCUUUCAGUCUACAUGCAUACUGAAGCACCUCCCUGAAUUGGGAUCACUAGAAUAUAUUUAACGAAUGUGAUCUUAGGAGCAAUCUUGACCGCCUUCAGUUGCCUUUAGGGGAGGUUUUUGUCCUACAUCCCACGACCUUGAGGGCUGCUGAGCACACAGCUGCAACCUGAAGUACUUUAACAAGAACAUCGAUUUGUCGUUGGAAUGAAUUCGUCUGGGACAGCUGAAGUGGCAGAUUUUUGUCUUCAUUUCUUGCCAAAGGUUGAUGGAAUGAUUUUCCCCAAAAUUCUGUAGUUUACCAUCUGUAUAUUAUAAGAGGGGUAGUGGCAGAGUCACUUUAAAAUAUUGCAUCAUUUCUGCCAUAUAUUCUCAUGUAGUUAAAAAAGUAUGCUAGCAUAAAAAAUAUUUGCAAAGUAAUGCCAAGUGUGGAAAUGUAACUUCAGUUUUGAAAUAGGCCUGCAAUGACUGAAGCACUGCUUGAGCUCCCAUUCUAGCUGUGCAGUUCAGGCACUCUGCAGUUGGUUAAUUUAUGUGAGGUAUUUAUAAAAUGUGUUUAGAUUAGAAGUACGUUUUUUAAAGAUGUACUUAAACCUUGCUCUCUACCCAAAAAAAAAAUUUUCCUGGGUGCUUUAAUGUGAUGAGCAUAUGGAUCCACUAUUUAGUGGGUAAUAAUCUAAAGCACAACCGUCGCAGCAAUGCUGGGAAGUCAGAUCUCUUUCCCCAUGGCAGUGCUGAUGCAUCACUGAGAGCCUCAAAUUCAAAUUCUGAAGUUAAACCACAGGUUUGUUAUCCUAAAUGUGACAGUAUUAGAGCCCUUGACAGCAGAGUACAUACACAUCUGUCUGAAUUUGUCAACAGUGAAACAGUGUUUAUGGUGAACUGUAACUGCUUUGCAGAAGUGUUCUGUACUAAAAACAAAUCAGGCCCUUACACGAUUCCUCCUUUCCCAAUCCCACGUGUUCCUUUAGUUUAAAAUAGUUUUGUUUUGCAGCAGAAUCAAGUAACCUUAAUAAUGAAGGCCACAAAGGUGACUUGGCAAGUAGCUUUUUGACACGUUUUUCUGGAUAAGCUCACAAUUCCUCAGUUGUGCAAAUGUUACUCUGACUUCAGAAUUGGUUGUUUGUUACAGGAAGAUAAAGUCUCUACCCUUGUGUUGUAGCUCUCAAAGCAUAUGGAAUUCCACAAAACACAAAUCAGCCCCAUCUCCACCGUCUCCAAGGUCUCGAUUCCUGUAUUUGCUAGAAGUCAGUCAGUCCUUGUGCAGGAGGUGUAUGGGCAGAAAUUAUUUCUUCACCCAGUAAGGGUGUCCUUUAGCCAGGCGCUAGGCCACGUGGGAGGUCAGAGGGGUCACGUUUCCCUCAUUGCUCAAAAGCAAAGCCACAUUUUGACACGCAGUAGUUG